UGGAAAUAAGAUUUCUUUUCGUGUUUCUUUAACUUUCUUGGGGAAAAUAUCUCCUGUUUCUUCAAGCAGCAGAAGUGUCAGUUCACUGCAACAACUCUAUAACCUUUUUGUUUUUCCUCGUAUAGAUUUCAGCUUUUUGUGCUGCUCGGUGAUGUCGUUUCGAAGAGGAUCAUCUACUUUCAAAAAAUCACUCACCCCUGAGAUGCCAGGUUCUUCUGGGCAGCCAGGCUCACAGACGAUAAAGAAAGGGCACAGAGGAGUGGACUCCACGGGCGAGACUACCUAUAAAAAGACGACAUCAUCUGCCUUGAAAGGUGCCAUUCAGCUGGGCAUUACACACACAGUUGGAAGCUUGAGCACUAAACCCGAAAGAGAUGUUCUCAUGCAAGAUUUCUACGUAGUAGAAAGUAUUUUCUUCCCAAGUGAAGGGAGUAACCUCACCCCGGCUCAUCACUACAACGACUUUCGGUUCAAAACCUAUGCUCCAGUGGCAUUUCGCUAUUUCCGGGAGCUGUUUGGGAUCCGACCAGAUGACUAUCUGUACUCGCUCUGCAAUGAGCCACUCAUCGAACUUUCAAACUCCGGGGCCAGCGGAUCCCUCUUCUACGUAUCCAGCGAUGAUGAGUUUAUCAUCAAAACGGUUCAGCACAAAGAGGCUGAGUUCUUACAGAAGCUGCUGCCUGGCUACUACAUGAAUUUGAACCAGAACCCAAGGACGCUGCUGCCAAAGUUUUACGGCUUGUACUGUGUCCAGGCCGGAGGCAAAAACAUUCGCAUUGUCGUGAUGAACAACCUACUGCCGCGCUCUGUCAAAAUGCACCUGAAAUAUGACCUGAAGGGCUCCACCUACAAACGCCGAGCAUCCCAGAAGGAACGGGAGAAGGUCUUCCCAACAUACAAGGACUUGGAUUUUAUGCAGGACAUCCCUGAUGGCCUCUUCUUAGACUCUGACAUGUAUAAUGCUCUGUGCAAAACGUUACAGAGAGACUGUUUGGUCCUGCAGAGCUUUAAAAUCAUGGAUUACAGUUUGCUUGUUGCUAUCCAUAACAUUGACCUGGCACAGAGAGAGCACGCGAUGGCUGAUGGGACAUCCCAGACCGAUAUGCGGCGACCCGCUGCCCAAAAGGCCCUCUACUCGACAGCCAUGGAAUCCAUCCAAGGAGAGGCCCGGCGAGGUGGCACUAUAGAAACAGAUGACCAGAUGGGAGGCAUUCCAGCCCGCAACGCGAAGGGGGAGAGGCUGCUGCUCUACAUCGGCAUCAUUGAUGUGUUGCAGUCCUACAGAUUUGUCAAGAAGCUGGAGCACUCUUGGAAGGCCCUCGUACACGAUGGGGACACUGUAUCUGUGCACAGACCCAGCUUCUACGCCGAAAGGUUCCAACGGUUCAUGUGCAAUACAGCGUUCAAGAAAAUACCACUAAAGCCAUCCCCUUCUAAGAAGAGCCGGUCUGGCACAGCAGUUCCUCGGCGGAGCUGUCAAGGAGGAGUGCCUUCCCAGUCGCACAUGUCAUGUGAGACAAAAGCACAAGUAACGACAGAGGCGGAUAUAGAGCAAGGUUCCCACCUUGGUCGCCCAGAUCUCCUGCCCAGGACCCUGCCGGUAGAUGAAGCUAACAGCGAUUCCAUCGCAACAACCCUGUCCACUUCUUCCUUGGGCAGUGGAGGCCUCAACUCGCCCGCGAAUAGGUCAGUGGGCGUACAAGUGCAUAAAGCUGACAGCUCAGCAAAGGAUUUGACUAGAACAGCUCCCGGCAUCUUCCUGUCUAGGUCAGAAGCAGCCAGUCGCCAGUUAGAGGGCUCAACGGAGGAGGAAGCCAGAGCAGCUCAGAGUAACCAGGCGCAUAGCGGCUCCCCAGGGCCUUCCAUACCCGAGCGCUCCGCCGAGCUGAGAGAGCAGCUCGAAGACCUGCAAGAGACAGAGAUAAGCUUUUGAAGCAACACGGAGACUGCCGCCAUGGAAGCAGAUUGUUCUGUGCUCUGCGUGGUCUGUGGAGUCUGACAAACGUUCAGCCCCUGUUGCUGACUUACUAUUUUUUUUUUUUUGGAAAGAAAUCUUAUCUGGACAGAAACCUAAAAGCUGGAAGGCUGGGCUGUGCUUAGUGGGAUAGUAUUAACAAAGACCGAGCCAGCACAGCUGAGCCUUGGACACCUGGAAGUCUCCUUACAGCAGAGCCCACCACUGUGCCCCUGCUGUCCUCCUUCCUUUCAAGCCUGGCGGGAGCAAAGCCGGCUGUCGGGAGGAGGAGGAGGAGGAACUGCUCCGCGUGGGCUGAAGCCCUCUGGAAAAGGGAUCUGACUGUCAGGGAGUUAGCUGCUUACGAUGCCGACACCACAAACCUUGCGAGAACGGGCAACUCUUUGGAGUCAUUGGGGGGAAACGGGCAUUAGAGCCUCGUUGGGGCAGUUUGCGACAGAGCAAUGUGGUUUUAUUUUGUAUUUUAAACAAGUUUUUAAUUUAAAUGU